UUUAAAACUCAAUUAGAACGACUUAAAGCUGAAAAUGAAAGGCUUCAACAGUUUCAGCAACCUGGCAUUAUACAAAGCUUUAAUAACGUCAAUAUUUCAAAAAAAAAUACUUUUCAGACAGCUAAUAGUUUAACAAAUACUAAUAAGUUGUCAUAUAAGUAUCAUAAGAAGGUUGUAAUUUCUAGUCAUUCUAGUGAUUCUGAAAGUGAUUACCACAAUGAACAAUUAUCAAAGAAAAGAAAAAGCCAUAAAAAAAAUUAUAAAAAGACCAUCAGUUCUAACAACCCUAGUAGCUCUGAAACGGAUGAAUUAAGUAGUCAACAAGAUCAAAAAAAAUGCAAACAUAAAAAAAGCACAUGA